GAGAGAAAGAAAAACAUCAACUCUGUACCAUGAUGAUUAAGCCAUACAUGAGACAAGGUGAGGGAGACGAGCUGGUCAGCCCUCUGCAGUGGACAGAUGAAGACAUGAGCUCACCUGAUGGAGACACACCCAUGUCCUCACAUCUCUGCAGAGCAGCUGGAACAAAUGAACUGGUCAGGGAGAUGGGCAGUGAAGAUGCUGAGGAGAAUGACGAAGAGGAGGAAGAGGAGGAAGGACUGGAGGAUGACAACAAGUCCAAACGACGAGGACCUAAGAAAAAGCGCAUGACCAAAGCACGACAGGAGCGUUUCCGUGCAAGGCGCGUGAAAGCGAAUGCCAGGGAGCGCUCACGUAUGCACGGCCUGAACGACGCCCUGGAGAACCUGCGCAGCAUCAUGCCAUGCCAAUCCAAAACCCAGAAACUGUCCAAGAUUGAGACGCUACGACUGGCCCGCAACUACAUCUGUGCUUUGUCUGAGGCGCUGGAUGGAGGCUUGUCCACAGAGAGCAGGGUUUUCAUGGAGACGCUGUGUAAGGGACUCUCGCAGCCCACCAGCAACCUGGUGGCCGGCUGCCUGCAGCUGGGACCAGCUCCCAGUGUUGGGAUGAGGCCUGAGGACAGACAAAACGUUCGAGCACCACCUACUCCUCUUGGUGGCAUGGUGAGCUACUCCUCUCCAGGCUUGCCGAGUCCACCAUAUGGCACCUUUGACUCUCCACACCUGCUUCACCUGAGGACAAUUAAGGGAGCAGGAUUUGAGAACCACUCGCCACAUGAGUAUAACACUGGCGGUGUGGGGACCCCACCAUACGACGGGCCCCCGACACCACCGAUGAGCAGCAACCUGGUGCCCAAACAGGAGCCUUCACCACGUUACCCACCGCAACACCACUACUCCCCUUCUCCUGUGGACCAGGGCGUGUAUCAGACUCAGAGCAGCUAUGAUGGACACUCAGAGGGGUCGUAUGAUUCCUACCAUCCACCACACAUGCCCCCACAACAUAUAACCUCCAUCUACAGAGACUGAAGUGGAUCAGCAGAGUUGUCUCUUGGACUUAAAGACUAAAAGCACUGAUGUUUCUCAAUAGAAUACAUUUUCCUUAAAACUGAUUACCAAAAAGUCUAACAUGGCCAUUUUGACUAGAUGUCCAGUUACUGUAAUAUCAGCACUUCUGAUUUAGCUCUGGCAAUGUCACAUAUUCUACAUAAAUUAAAGUAUUUUUUAUUUAUUCCUUUAUUUAACACCGUAUAUAUGGACUCUGUAUGUCUGUUUGUUUUCUUUUGUAUAUAUUUGUGGCCUAAGCCUCUUCUUUCUUUGUUACUUAGAUGAAUGGUUUGUUUCCUGUCGUGUCUUUUAUUUUUAUUUGUUAGCUAGGUCUUACUUCAUGUUUUGCACUGAAAUCUCAGUCAGGUGUAGCUUAACAGUACGGUGUGGUACUUUAGGGGGAAAAUACACAGAUAAAACAAAGAAAAAGGAAAUAGAUGUGAAGUGAUAGACUGAGAGAUAAAGGUGAAGUAAAACAUACUCUCAGGUUAUCUAAUUUUCUAUAGAUUGCACAUAGGAUGUGAUGUAAUGUUUUUUUAUCAUUAUGAUUGUAUCAGUUUAUUUGGGAAAAGUUGAUGUUAAUUAAAAAACUAAAAAAUCAA